AUGAUAGCCCCGCAGCCUGGGGUGCCUCUAAUGUUGUACCUAACCUCAACCCCUAAGUCCAUAGGGGCAUUAUUGGUCCAAGAUGUAGAUGGAGGAGAACGUCCGGUGUAUUACAUCAGCCGGAGGAUUCGAGGAGCAGAAGUCCAAUAUACUCCGGUAGAGAGACAUUGUUUAGCUUUGGUAUUCACCGCCCAAAAGCUCAGACAUUACUUCUUAACACAUCAGAAUCAGAUUGUUACUAGAAGUGACCCAAUCCGAUACCUCCUCAGCAAGCCUGCUCUAACCGGGAAGGUGGCAAGAUGGUUGUUAGCACUGGGUGAAUUCGAGAUCACAUGCGUAGCUCCCAAAGCAAUCAAAAGCCAAGCCUUAGCCGAUUUCCUUGCCCAAUUUCCAAGUGGUAACUAUGAACCAGUGAAUGAAGAAUUAAGAGGAGAAGUGCAUGCAGCUAUGGCUUCCGAGGAAAGCUUUUGGACAUUGAGCUUUGACGGAGCAGCAGCCGGAGGGAAAGGAGGAACCGAGAUAGUCCUUACAAGCAAAAGUGGGGAAAAGUUAUAUUUGUCUUAUAAACUGGAUUUCCAUUGUUCGAAUAAUGAAGCCGAGUAUGAGGCUCUUAUUUUAGGUCUGAUAGCAGCUGAGAAACACAUGAAGCAAGUUUCAGGACAGUUCAUCUUAAAGGAGCUUGCCUUGGCCACAUAUCGAACAACAGUCCAAAGGCUUCUUGACAAAUUUCAGAAGGUCGAAAUAGAGCAUCUGCCUCACUCCGACAACAAGUUUUCAGAUGCCCUCGCAACAUUAGGGGCAAGAGUUGACAUUCUAGAGAAAGAGGCGACAAUUGUUAUCAAGAAGAGAACAAAGCCUUCAAUAAUACCCGAGGACAAAGACCUUCCGGAGGACUAG